AAAGAUUCAUUCAUGCCACAAUGUAUCAACAUUAACAUGGAAAAGGAAUUAAAUGUGUCAGACACCACAGACACCAAAUCUUGUAUCAGGAGAAGCAAAAUGCAUAUCUAUAACAAGACUCUGGAAAUUGAUGCGUUCCUGCAAAAACGUUCGUCGUCAGAUGAAAACAGCAUGAUAUCCAACUUAUCCUGUAUAAUUGAAUCUAACAUAACGACGUCAUCAGAGACCUGCAUCUGCCAGUCGUUAAUGACGAUUCCUCUCUCAAUAGACGACAAAUGUAAUGACUACUGUACCGUUAUACGUGUUUAUGUACAUUCAGCUACGAAGUGUAUCUGCGAUGCUUGCAAUGAAAACCAUAUGAUGGUAUAUUUUGUCAAACCACAAGACAUUAUUCAAGGAAGGAACAUGAUCUCAGUUCUGGGAAGCCUCUUGGGUGGGAUAGUAUUUGGCUUGGUUUUCGGUACAGGGUUAGCUGUUUGGAUUUUAAAAACAUGCAAAAGAAACUCGAGACAAGAUUCAUCAGCAAGUCCAGGACCCAGAGUUAGUUAUAUGACAAAAAACAGGGAACCUCUGGAUCACCACUCUUAUAUAGGGAGACCUGAACAGUCCGUGGAUAACCGUAUACAUGAUGGAGAAUUCCCAGAUUAUGAUAAUGUUCUGUACGGCUAA